CCAUGGCCCUGUUGGGAAUCGGAGGAUGCCAUGCGGUGGUGGUCUGGGUUGGGCAACUCUUCUUCGGAGGAUCCAUUGCUCCUCUGUACAUACAUGCAUAUGCAGGAUAGCGGAGGCGUCGUUGAUCCGGCUGUCUCGCGCCGGGCAGUAUUGACACUAGGUGAGGUGGUAGUCUAAACGGAGUCCACCCCGGCGUCUGCAGACAGGCCCUGGUGAGGGGCUGGGACCCAAGGCGGCCUAACGAUGGUCACUCAGUAGUUAUUCUCUCAUUUUCACGGUGUGUAGGACAACGUACCCGGCAGCUCAAACCCUGCAUCCAGCCAUACAUCCCUAUUUCAGCACACUGCAGGCACACCCACCCACCGCCCGCCAUGUCCAAUCCGGAGCAAGCCAAGAAGGAGUACGACAGCUUCGCGGCUGACUACAACAACCAGUACAGCGCCACCCCGACCGCUGCCCUCGAGAGCCAGCUCAUCGGCCUCGCCCUAGGCGACGACCUCACGGGGCUCACUGUCCUGGACCUCGGCGGCGGCAGCGGCCUCCACGCGCGGGAGGCCGUCAAGCGCGGGGCCGUGUCGGUGGACAUCGUCGACAUCUCGACGGGGAUGCUGAAGGUGGCCGAGGACGUCGAGAAGUCGCUCGGGCGCGAGGUCAUGCGCUUCUUCGAGGCCGACGCGGCCAAGCCGCUGUCGCACCUGCCGCUCCGGCCCGAGGGCUACGACGUGGUCAUGGGCAACUGGGUGUUUGACUUUGCCGAGACGGCCGAGGUGCUGAUGGCCAUGUUUGAAAACGUGGUCGGGAACCUGAAGAGCGGCGGCCUGUUCGUCGGAGUCCGGACGGCGAACAUCUAUAGCGACAACUUGAAGACGGGCAAAUACGGCAUCACGUACAACGAGUACAGACCCUUCCCCGGAGGGGUCAAGUACUCUGUUACGGCCCAGAGUGACCCGCCCAUCGUGUUUGACGGGGCAACCCUCGAUAUUCUCCGCGCGAGUUCGCUCGAGGUGUACGAGCAAGCUGGACUGACCAACGUCGAGGCGGUGCCGUACGGAGCGACGGAGGUAGUACAAAAGGACUCCGAGUAUUGGAAAGAAUUUGUCGCGGACCCGUUCUUUGUUGUGGUGAAGGGUGUGAAGAAAUGAGGAAAGAAGUACUCGGACUACUAGCAGCCAGUAUAUUAUCAGCAGCUAUCUUAUUGAUUGUGUGCUUCAUGAUCUGAACUUCUUGCUCGCCUCGGCAAAGCUCAUGCCGUUUCGAAUCGCAACAGCCAUUUUCGAGUCCGCCUCGACCUGCUUCCCCAUGAGCGGCAAAGCCUGCUCA